UUAAAUUAUGUUGUUUUUAAUAAUUAAUAAUACAAAGACAAGUCAAAUGGCAUAAAACGAUGAAAGUGGGUGACACGAGAUGUGAAAAGAGACGAACAGCCCCUUGUCCUGGGUGGGGGAAAUUUAAAAUUUCUCCUCUGGCAAUUGCAAUCUCACUUUUCCUCGUAUAUGUAUAUAAGGAGCACAUCACGCAUUUAACAUGAGACCACGCAAGGAUAGUGAGAGGCGCAGAUUCGCUUCGGAAUCGCGAAACUCAGCAGCAGGCUCCGAAUCGCCGCGUCGAAGGCCGCGACUGUUCGCUCUGAUGGCGGGGCAAUCACGGAAAUGGAUGAUCUUAGUUGCAACGAUUUGGAUUCAGGCCUUCACCGGCACUAAUUUCGAUUUCUCACAGUACUCCUCGUCGCUCAAAUCCGCGCUCAACAUCUCGCAGGUGCAAUUGAACUACCUCGCCACCGCCAACGACAUGGGGAAGGUUUUCGGCUGGUCAUCUGGCAUCGCGCUCAUGUACCUUCCCCUAUCGGUCGUCUUGUUCAUCGCUGCUACCAUGGGAUUCUUCGGCUACGGCCUCCAGUGGCUCCUCCUUACCGGAGUGGUCGAUUUGCCUUAUUUUAUGGUCUUUCUUUUGUGCCUUUUAGGUGGCUGUAGCAUCUGUUGGUUCAACACAGUAUGUUUUGUUCUUUGCAUUAGGAAUUUCCCAGUUAACCGAGCUCUUGCCCUAUCGCUCACUGUGAGUUUCAAAGGCGUCAGUGCAGCACUAUAUACCCUUGCUGCCAAUUCUAUUGACCCUUCCUCCAGUGCACUCUAUCUGCUUUUGAAUGCUCUUGUUCCCCUUCUUAUUUGUAUAGCAGCACUUGUUCCUAUUCUUCGCCAACCGACUUUAGACCCUCUCCCUCCUGAUGCAGUAAACCGGGACUCAGUUAUAUUUCUAAUAUUGAACAUCCUAGCCCUUUUAACUGGUCUUUAUCUUCUCCUGUUUGGCUCUUCCACUUCUGGUGUGGCUUCUGCUCGGUUAUGUUUUGGUGGAGCUAUUCUCCUCCUCAUCUUCCCAUUUUGUAUUCCAGGCAUAGUAUAUGCUCGGGCAUGGUUUCGGAAUACCAUCCAUUCCAGCUUUCGGAUGGAAAGCUCCAGCUUCAUUCUUGUUCAUGAUGAUGAUCUUGAGAUGCAUAAAGAACUCCAUAGCCGUCACAGUAGUCUUGUUAGCAAUGGAGACACUUACAACCUGCUAAGUGACAAUGGAUACAUGUAUGGCAGUCAGAACGCAAAAGAGAAUGAUGUAUGUUGCGAGAGGGUAAUUGGCCAGGAUCAAUUAGCAAUGCUAGGAGAAGAGCACCCAGCUGCAGUAAUUGUUCGAAGAUUGGAUUUUUGGCUAUACUAUAUUACAUACUUCUGUGGAGGUACACUUGGUCUAGUCUAUAGCAAUAAUCUUGGACAGAUUGCUCAAUCUCUAGGCCAGAGCUCAAAUACUUCUACGCUUGUCACGCUCUAUGCAUCUUUUUCCUUUUUUGGACGCUUGCUUUCAGCUGGACCAGACUAUAUUCGGAAUAAGCUCUACUUUGCAAGGACUGGUUGGCUUUCACUUGCACUUAUACCAACCCCAGUUGCGUUCUUCCUCCUUGCUGCAUCAGACAGUCUUCUGGUACUGCAGACAGGCACCGCACUGAUUGGAUUGAGCUCUGGUUUUAUAUUCGCAGCUGCCGUGUCAGUUACGUCUGAGCUGUUUGGACCUAAUAGUGUGGGUGUCAACCACAACAUCCUCAUAACAAAUAUACCUAUUGGCUCUCUUCUCUAUGGCUUUCUCGCUGCACUAGUUUAUGAUGCUAAUGCACACACAAUACCAGGAAACUUGAUAAUGUCUGACAAAGUAGUGUGCAUGGGAAGGGAGUGCUACUUCUGGACAUUUGUCUGGUGGGGAUGCAUAUCUGUCCUUGGACUAGCAUCAAGCAUCCUAUUAUUCUUAAGAACCAAGCAUGCAUAUGAACAUUUUGAGAAACACCGUAUAUCAACACAAUCAGUUGUGUCUUAAUUUUUGUUAUUGAUGGGCCAUGAGAUCUUGGUGUGGUUCACUUGUACAGUAGCGGAAACUUCAUUGUAUUAGGAUGAUUUUGCAUUUAGAGGUUGAGAUUAGAGAAGCAAAGCUAUAGCUAUUCUUGAGGAACAAGUGUAUGUAUUGUCUCCGAAGAGAGUUGUAGAUUUAGAACGAAGAGAAUAAAGAUUUUGUUUAAAUCUUUCACAGUACAC